AUGCACGGAAGACCGAGGAAAUCUGCGACACCAGUAGACGAGAAUGCAUCAGCUCUCAAGGCUGCUAAGAUUCGAUCUCUUCAAUCUCAAUUUCUUCAAAAUCAUCACAACAAGAUUUACACUAAAGAAGCCCUUGAAAUCAAUGCGAAGCUUAUCGAGGUUAAUCCUGAGUUUAUGACCGCUUGGAAUUAUCGAAAACUGGCAUUUGAGCAUAGUCUCAGUAGUCAAUCUGAGGCUGAAAAGGGAGAUUCGGAUCAUAUCAAAUCAAUCAUCGAUGAAGAAUUGCGAGUUGUAGAGAAUGCAUUAAGGAAGAAUUUCAAGUCGUACGGAGCUUGGCAUCACCGUAAAUGGGUGGUAAGCAAAGGAAAUUCUUCAACAGAGAGGGAAUUGAGGCUUUUAAAUCUGUUCCAGAAGCAAGACACCCGCAAUUUCCAUGCAUGGAACUACCGAAGAUUCAUAGCAGGCAUGAAGAGCAUAUCGGAGGAGAAGGAGCUACAGUUUACAACAGAUAUGAUAAAUGAUAACUUCAGUAAUUAUUCUGCAUGGCAUAAUCGUAGUGUACUCUUAUCUCAUCUGCUGGAGAAAAAGGUCGAAGGAUAUUUUCCAAAGGAAACCUUUUUAACAGAGGAGUAUGAGUUUGUACGCAAUGCAGUUUUCACUGACCCAGAUGAUCAAAGUGGGUGGUUCUAUCAUCUCUGGCUUCUGGAUCAAACUAUUAAACUCGACAUGCCUAUUUUAGCUUCGUUCUGGCCUCCUCCUGGUUCUGAUCUUAAUGUACCAAUAGAUCUAGAUGCUAAUAAAGCGACCUUUCCUGUCAUUCUCUAUUUUAAUGAACCUGUUGAAGGUGUAAGCUCUCAAACAAUUACCGUUCAAACUGAGUAUGACAUACAUGAUAAUAUUACUUGGAGUCCACUUUCAACAAAUAAAUUUGGAUGUGCUCUAGCCUGGGUGACACAUAUGAGAAUACCCCAUGAGGAACUUGACUCAUCAAAGACCUAUCAAGUGAAAAUUAGCUCUGAACAUUCCCAAGGCAUAACUUCUUUGAGUGGUGUUUCGCUUAACCGACCCUGGUCUUUUGCAUUUACUGUUUCUGUAUGCCAGCAUCUGCAACCUGCUGAAGGACAGAGUUUAGGGAGGUUGUCAUUGACAGAUGAAAAUUUCUGUACAAUUGACACAAAUUUGAACAUGACAGCCUUGCUUAAAUCAGCUUUUCAGUUCACAAAUGAUGAUGAGCAACCGACGUCAUCAAAAUGGAAGUCUGAGAUAAUAGCUAGCGAAAUAUCUCAAUACCGAGAAUUAUUAUCAUGGGCAGAGUGUAAAAUUGGGAAGCUUACACUUGCGAGAUUAUUGGUGGCUUAUGAUGCCAUGAUAACCGGCACUCAGUUUACUCCAAGUAUUGCGGAGGAAGUUUUGCAACUAUUAACGGAAUUGAUGAAGUUAGACCCCCCACAUUACCAAUAUUACAAGGAUGAAUACAGCUUGAUUUUGUUAAAGCAGGUGACUUCUAGCAAGGAAUCUUUGCUGAAAUAUUGCUGGCAAUAUAAAGAGUCAACUUCUUUGAAUAUCACUGGUCCUACGUGUUUGAGAUUGAAUUCUCUAUCAUUGUCGCGAAUUGGAUCCAUUGAGCAGUUGUUGUGGGUGCAAAGUCUUGAUCUCAGCCAUAACCAGCUUCAUUCUAUAGAAGGAUUGGAGGCUUUGCAGCUUUUGUCAUGCUUAAACCUUAGUCACAAUAAACUCGGCAGCUUCAUGGCUUUAGACCCUUUGAGAUUCUUGAAGUCACUGAGAAUAUUGGAUAUCUCCCAUAACGAGAUCGGUGCACACACUGUGGACACAAAGAGAUAUCUGUGCUCAUCUCCUCUAUCGCAUAAGGUUGCUUUCGAUAAGAACUUCGAAGAAUUCGCAAAUGGUGAUGCUAAAGUGAUGGACUUCUGGGAACCCUUCUCAAUUUUUGGAGGUCUAAAUUUGAUUCAGCUGGAUAUUAUGGGCAAUGCUGCUGUGGAUGAAAGGUUUGUUUUAUUUUUGGUUAAAUUGUUGCCUGCACUUAAAUGGCUUAAUGGUGAAGAAUUGCAUUAGCUAGUAAUUUGUUUGCAUUGUCUUACCUUCCUGUACUCUUAUGCAUAGUUAUAUGCAUUUUUAUACAUAAGUAUCAUCUUCAUUUUCUCUA